UGACACACAGUCUCUGGUCUUUUGAGACACUUAUUUCUGCUGCACUCGUGGCGACAUGAGCGGACGAGUUGGAGAUCUGAGCGUCAAGCAAGCCGAAGCUUUGGCCCAGUUUCGGCAAAAUGUUCAGGAUGUCCUGCCUCAGUGUCCAUCCCAGAGUGACCACUUUCUGCUCAGAUGGCUGAGAGCCAGAAACUUCAAUCUACAGAAAUCCGAGGCCAUGCUGCGCAAGCAUAUGGAAUUUCGGAAACACAUGAAAGUUGACACCAUCACUACCGAGUGGCAGGUGCCAGAGGUAAUAGAUAAGUACCUGUCUGGUGGCAUGUGUGGACACGACCGUGAAGGGAGCCCGGUCUGGUAUGAUGUCAUCGGACCCCUGGACCCAAAGGGUUUGAUGCACUCGGCCUCUAAGCAGGACUUAAUCAAAUCUAAAGUCAGAGACUGCGAGAUUCUGCAGAAAGAUUGUGAUCGACAGAGCGAACGGUUGGGUAGGAACAUUGAAUCCAUUACUAUGGUCUAUGACUGUGAAGGUCUGGGAAUGAAGCACUUAUAUAAGCCAGCUAUAGAGACUUAUGGAGAGGUUCUCACUAUGUUUGAAGAUAAUUAUCCAGAGGGACUUAAGAGAUUAUUUGUCAUUAAAGCACCUAAACUGUUUCCUGUGGCGUACAAUCUGGUGAAGCAUUUUUUGAGCGAGGACACGCGCCGCAAGGUCAUCGUACUGGGAUCAAACUGGCAGGAGGUUUUACAGAAGUACAUCGACCCCGAGGAGCUGCCUGCGUAUUAUGGAGGAAAACUGACUGAUCCCGAUGGAGACCCCAAAUGUAGAACUAGGAUUACGUUCGGAUCAGAGAUUCCCAAGUCCUACUAUGUCCGAGACUCCAUUAAAGUUGACUAUGAACAGUCUGUGAGUAUCGGCCGAGGCUCGUCCCAUCAGAUGGAAUAUGAGCUGAUCGCACCAAACUGUGCGCUAAGGUGGCAGUUUUCCUGCGAUGGUGCAGAUAUUGGGUUUGGGGUGUAUCUGAAGAAGAAGAUGGGAGAGAGGAUGAAGGCUGGUGAAAUGAGGGAAAUUGUGCCGAAUCAGCGUUACAAUGCACACCUGGUUCCUGAAGACGGCUCUCUCACCUGCCCAGAACCAGGAGUCUAUGUCCUGCGAUUUGACAACACAUACAGCGUCUUCCAGUCCAAAACGGUCAAAUUCACAGUGGAGGUCCUCCUACCCAGUCAAGUCAACCAAUCAGAGAACUAGAAAUGACAGAAACCGGAAAGAAGCCGCCAAUAACUUGAGAUUAUAAAGAAACGUCAGCUCUUAGGCAUAACAAACUGAUCACAAAUCUGUUGUAGCUAAUAAAGGAUAAGACUAGAAUAAUGCUGCUUUCAUAUAAAUGAACUGACCAAUCACUGCAUCAAAUGAUCAGUGGGAUGAAAUUUACUUUUCGGUGAUUUAAAGGGACAGUACACCCAAAAAUGAAAUGUCCUCAUCAUUUACUUACACUCAAGUGGUUCUAAAAUUUACAUCCAUAGUAGGAACUGAAAAUACUAUGGAAGUCAAUAGCAGAUUUCAGAACAUUCUUCUGAAUAUCUUCCUUUGUGUUGAACAGUUUAAAAAAAGCAUAAAUGGUGGCAACUAUCACCUAUAAAUGUCUAUAAACUAUCACCUAGUUUAUAGACAUAAACUAUCACCUUAAGUUCAUUGUCCAGUAACAUAUCUGCAUUCUGACUUCAAUGCCAGUGUAAUUCCUUGUGUUUAUUUCUUUAAGCUGAAGCUGUUAUCACAUAUAAAUUAAGGGUUUGUCAUUGAACCUAUCAGUGAACUGUGCUUUAUCAAGUAUAACAAAUUACUAGACUGAAAUCGUCUCAGUGUAUAUUAUUCAGCAAGGCCUUACGUGCUUAUCACUUAACUGAUUUAGAUAAUUUAAUCAGUUUAAUUCCUUUUGAUAAUCAGUUCAUUUUGAUAAUGAACUCUGAUGAGUUUGUAGAAUUUGCUUCUCUCACAGUGUAAUAAUAUAAGAGACUAUAUUAUUAUUAUUAUAAUGUUUUGCUUUUGUUAUUGAUGCACACAAAUGUGAUACAGCAGAGUAUGAAGUUUUUAUUUGUAUUGUUUCCAAUUUAAUUCACGAUUGCCUUAAAUUUGCAUUAAUGUCAUGAACUUUUUACCUCAGGUCCUUGUGUUUACAAUAACAAUGUCCAUAUUUGAUUGCAGCAGCAUUUAUGUUGGGUCAGUGUGAUGACCAUGUUGAAUUUCAUGUCUCUUUUAUUGAUUUUUAAAAUAUUGGUGUAACUUAUGAGUAAUUUUAUGUUGAUUUUGAUUAAUUUACUAAUCAAAUAUAGACAUUACAAUAGCACUAAUGUGUUUUGCUCAUCUCUUAUGGCAUGUGUUUGUGCAUGUGAAGUUACCAGUUCACAUGAACAUACUAAAUCUACUUUCAUUGCAAUUAUGUGGAUUAAAGAACUUUGGUAUUGGUAAAAAAGAUUACAUUCGUGCAAAA